AUGGAUUUUAAUUUUUCAUCGGAUAAUGAUGUUGCAGUAGUUGGAAUAGGUUUACGUUUUCCAGGAAAUGUAAAUUCACCACAACAAUUUUGGGAGGCUUUGGAAAAAUCAUUUGAUGGAAUCAUGAAAGUUCCAAAAGAAAGAUGGUCAGAUACUUACGUCCAACAUCAAUUGAUUUCAACCGAAAAUGCUGGUUUGUUAGACCUCGAAGAAUGGAAAAAGUUUGAUCCAUUAUUCUUUGAAAUAUCACCAAAAGAUGCAGUUGUUCUUGAUCCACAAGAAAGAAUGAUGCUCACUCUUGCUUAUGAAGCUUUGGAAGAUGCUCAAAUCCCAGUGAGAUCUCUUCGUCAAUCGAAUACUGGUGUAUUUGUUGGUAUUUCAAUCGUUGAUUAUUCCCAACUCCAAGCCAAUUAUUGUCAACUCGAUCCAAGCCCAAAAGUUUUAUGUGACUUCUUGACACAUUCUGUGAUUGCAAAUCGAGUUUCAUAUUGUUUCGAUUUCAGAGGUCCAUCGAUGUGUGUCGAUACUGCAUGUUCAUCAUCAUUAACCUCAACAGAUCUUGCAAUCAAAUACAUUCAAGAUGGUGAAUGUGAUAUUGCAUUAUCAUGUGGAACAAAUGCAAUUUUUGAUCCAAAUACUUCAAGAUUAUAUAAUAAUCUUGGGGUUCUUGGAGAACAUUGUCGUCCAUUUGAUCAAGAUGCAAAUGGAUUUGUUCGAGGUGAAGGAUGUGGUGUUGUUGUUUUGAAGAAACUUUCAUUGGCUGAAAGAGAUGGAAAUCGAAUCUAUGCAGUCAUAAAAGGAAGAGGUGUUAAUGCUGAUGGUCAUUGUAAUAAAGAUACAAUGUCAACACCAUCAAAUACAAUUCAAUCUCAAAAUAUCAAACAAACACUUCAAAGAUCAAAUAUUGAUGCUUCACAAAUCUAUUAUGUUGAAGCACAUUCAACUGGAACUGUUGUUGGUGAUCCAAUUGAAGUGAAUGCAUUGAUUGAUGUAUUCUCUUCAAAUCAUUCACCAGAAAGACCAUUGAAAAUUGGAUCUGUUAAAUCAAAUAUUGGACAUCUUGAAAGUGCUGCUGGAAUAGCGUCACUCAUCAAAGUAUCACUGAUGUUGAAGAAUCGUAAACUUGUUCCAACAAUCAAAUUAUCAAAUUUGAAUUCAAAGAUUCCAUUCAAACAAUCGAAUAUUCAAGUUAUCACUCAAAUUGAAGAUCUUCCAAAAGAUCAAUUGAUUAUGAUGGGAAUCAAUUCAUUUGGAAUUGGUGGAUCAAAUAGUCAUCUCAUUCUUCAAGAAUAUAAACAUUCACAUAAUCAUUGUACAAAAAAUGAUACAAACAUUUCAGAGAAAGAGAGAGAUAAAUAUUAUUUGAUUCCAAUCAGUGCAAAUUCAUCAACAUCAAAUGAUAAAUAUUUUGAAUCAAUAAAAGAAUAUCAAGAUAGAAUAUCAUUGAAAGAAUUUGCACUUUAUCAAUCAUUGACAAAAUCAUUCCAUUAUCAAAGAAGAGUGAUCAUUGCAAAAGAUUGGAAUGAUUUCAAUUCAAAAUCAAUUGAGAUUAAUGGUCAGUCGACAAUCAAAGAUUCAAUUGGAAAGAAAUUGAUUUUUGUAUUUUGUGGACAAGGACCACAAUGGAAUCAAAUGGGAAUGAAUCUUUAUGAGAAUGAACCAAUAUUCAAAUCAACAGUUGAUGAAUUAGAUUCAUUACUCAAAGAAUAUUCUGGAUAUAGUCUCAUUGAAAAGAUGAAUCAAAUUCCAAAUGAAUCAAAUGAUAUUCACAAACCAAUUAUUGCACAACCUGCAUUAUUCUUAUUCCAAGUUGCAUUGGUUGAACUUUAUCGUCAUUUUGGAUUGAAUCCAUCAAUUGUUUUUGGUCAUAGUUUUGGAGAUAUCACAUCUGCAUAUAUUUCUGGAAAUUUGACAUUAUCAGAUGCAAUCAAAGUUGUUCAUUUGAGAGCAUCAUUCCAAAAUGAAACAAUUGGAUCUGGAAGAAUGUUAGUUGUUGGAAUCAGUUCUGAUCAAUUCAUCAAUACUUAUCAAAAUCAAUUUCGAAAUCUUGAGAUUGCAUGUUAUAACUCUGAUAAUUCAAUUGUAAUCACUGGAAACAAUAAUGAUUUGAAUGAAUUCGCAAAACAAUUGAAACAAUCAGAUAUCUAUCACACAUUCCUCAGAACACCAUGUUCAUUCCACUCAUCACAUCAAGAAGUUAUCAAAGAUAAAGUUAUCAAUGAAAUCAAUGAUUUGAAAUCAAAUCAAUCAACGAUUCCAUGGUAUUCAACAGUAACUGGUGAUUUGAAAUCAGACGGAAUAGAUUCUCAAUAUAUUUAUGAAAAUAUCAGAAAUCCAGUAUAUUUCAAGAAGACAUUGGAUUCAAUUGUCAGAGAUCUCAAAGAUGAUUUGAAAGAUUAUGUUUUCAUUGAAAUAUCACCACAUCCAACAUUAUCUGGAUUGAUAACACAAACAAUUCCAUCUGCAAACGUGAUUUCACCAAUUCAAAGAAACAAAGAUGAACAAUUAUUAUUCAAAUCAUCAUUGGCAACACUUCAUUAUAAUGUUUCAAUUCUUCCUCGAUAUCAAUGGGAUUCUGAUAUCUAUUGGAGAGAAACUCAUUUUUCAAGAUCGAAAAGAUUGAAUGGACCAUCAACUUCAAUUCUUGGAAGAAGAUCAGUUUUCAAUGGAAAUGAAUGCUAUCUCUCAGAUAUUGAUAUUGGAAGCAAACCAUUUGAAUAUUUGAAAGAUCAUCAAGUGAAAGAUCGUCCAAUUCUUCCAGGUGCUGCAUAUGUUGAAGCAAUCAUUGAAAUAUUCCAAUCGAAACAACAAGAUAUUCUCAUUGAUAGAUUGGAAUUCAUCAAACCAUUCUUUUUCAAUCAAAAUGGUCAAUCUCAAAAAUUGAUGACAAAUAUUGAAAAGAUUUCAAAAUUUGAAUAUUCAAUCGAUUUCUUCAACAAGAAUUCUGAAUAUUAUGAUUUAGAAGAUGAAUGGUUCCAAUCUGCAAAAUCAUCAGUUACUCUUCUUCAAAAUGCAAACAAUCAAAUUAUUGAUAUUGAAUCAUUCAAGAAUCAAUGUAAUUUGACAACAUUCACACAAGAAGAAUUAUACAAGAAGACUCUCAGACUUGGAUUGAGAUAUGGACCUGCAUUCCAACAUAUUAAAUCGAUUUCGAUUGGAAAUCAAAUGUCAUUUGCAGUUUUACAAACGAAAUCAACAUCAAAUACACCUUCAAAGAUUCUCAAUUCCACAUUGAUUGAUAAUUGUGCUCAUGGACUGAUUGGUAUUAUUGAUGAUAGAAGACACUUUAUUUUCAAAUCAAUUGAUGAAAUGAGAAUCAAUUAUCAAAUUGUUCAAGAAUUGGAAUCAAAUCCACCAGAUCAAUUAUUUUUGUUAACCAAAGUUGUUGAAAUCAAAAAUUAUGAAUGUAUUGGAAAUUGUUUACUUAUUCAUCCAAAUGGUCAAUUGAUUUUAGAAAUGAAAAGAUUCACAGUUGGAACAAAUGAAAGAUUGAAAAUGAACAAAAUCAAAUAUCCAAAUGAUGAACUUUUUGAAACAUUCUAUCAAUUAAAAGAAUCUCAACUUUCAAAUCCAAAUGAAAUCAUUCCAUCUCCUCUCAUUGAAGAUUCAAUGAUUUCUCUCAAAGUCAAUGAAUAUAGACCAGAUGCAAUUAAGAUAAUCUUUUCAAUGUUUUCAAAGAAUAUUCCAGAAUUCAAUCUUGAUGAAGUUUUAAAUCAAUCAAUUGAAGAAUCAAUGAUCAGGUUCAAAUUCAUUUCAAAUGAAACAAAUAUCAAAUUAUUCUCAAGAAUGAUUGAAAUUUUGAAAGAUGGUAAAGAAUUUUUACAGUCAUGUAAUCUAACAGAUUUAAAGAUAAUCAAUGAUGAUCCCUCAUUAUUUGAAAUUGUUGAUAAAGGAGUUCAAUUAAUAAUUGAAACAUUGCGUGGAAAUGAUGAAUAUGGUCAACAAUUAUUCAAAGAUGGUGUUAUUUUGAAUCUAUACAAAGCUCCAUUCAUUCAAUAUUAUUUCAAACAAACAUCAUUCAUUGCAGUGGAAUCUAUUUCAAAAUCAAUCAAACAAUCAAAUUCAAAGAGAAUCAUCAAGAUUCUUGAAAUUGGAGGUGGAACUGGAACAGUAACAGACUAUUUGAUUCCACAACUUGAUGAAAUGUUAUAUUCUCUUGGUGAUCAGAAUCAAGUUGAAGUUGUUUAUACAUUCUCUGAUGUUUCAUCAUUCUUUGUGAAUCCAAUGAAAGAUAAAUAUUCAAAUCAAUUCAAAUUCAAAUCAAAUUUGAAAAUGAAAUUCAAAGUUAUCGAUUUGGAUCAAGAUUUAGUUGAUCAAGGACUUUUAAAAUCAUCAUAUGAUAUGAUUGUAAUGUCUUUGGUUAUUCAUGUUUGUCCAAAUAUCAGAUCUCCAAUUUCAAAUUGUAAUCAAAUUCUUUCACCAAAUGGAAUACUAUUAUUUGCAGAACCUGCUUAUAAAAAUAUCUUCCCUGAAAUGCUAUUUGGUGGAUUCAAACAAUAUUGGAGUUAUAAUGAUGAUAUUCGUGAUCAUUGUGCACUUAAACCAAAUCAAUGGGUUGAAUUACUUUCUGAAGAUGAUCAAUUCAAGAAUAUCAGAAUUUAUGGACCAAAUGAUUCAAAUGGAAAUCAACUUUCACCAGAUGAGGCAAUGAUAUUCAUUAUUCAUUGUCAAAAACCAUUGAUUGAAAAACUCAAGAUCAAUUAUAUUCAACAAUUAUCUAUCAUCAUUGAAGAAAAUCAAACAAUUCCAAUUGAAUAUUUUGAAAUAUAUUCUGAACAAUCGAUAUCAUUGAUUAAAACAAAUGAAAUUGAAUUUAAAUCAGAUAUUCUUAAAAAUUCAACAAAUAUUCUCUUCCUUCCAACAAUUGAACAUCAAUCAAUUGAUAAAUAUCAACAAACAAUGUUUUCAUUAGUUGAAUUAUUACAAAUGUUCACAUAUCAAGAGAAUCAACCUAGAAUCACAGUUGUCAUCAAAGAUAAUGAAUCAUCAAAUUAUUUAUCAAACUCAAUUAUUGGACUUUUAAAUACUGCAUUUGUUGAUCAUCGUGAAUUGGAUUUAUUGAUCAUCAGUAUUGAUUCACCAUUGAAAAUUGAAUAUGUUCAUUCAAUAAUGCAAUUAUCACAAAAUAAAGAAUCACUUGGCGAACUUCAUUAUGGUAUCAUCAACAAUCAUAUAAUGGUAUAUAGAGAUUUCAAUAUCAAAGAUGAUAUUUUAAAAUACUCAAAUUCAUAUGAAACAAAUAUUGAAAAUAUAUCAACUUUGGCAAAUUUGAAUCUUGAUUUCAAACUCAGAAACAGAAGAGAAUUGAAACCAAAUGAAAUAGAAUUUGAAAUCAAAUCUGUUGGUUUGAAUUUCAAAGACUAUUUAUAUAACCAUCAAUUACUUCCACAAGAAUUGAUGACAGGUGGUGAUAUUUAUCAUCCACCUUUUGGAAUAGAAUCGUCAGGUCUUGUUUCAAGAUUGGGAUCAGAUGUGAACGAUUUCAAAGUUGGUGAUCAAGUUAUUGGAUUUCAUACAGUUAAUUCAUUAGCCUCACAUUCAAUAAAUGAUCAAAAAUUCUUUAUUCCAAAACCAAAAGAACUUUCUCAUAAUGAAUGUGCCUCAAUUCCAGUUAUAUAUCCAUCAGUGUAUCAUUCAUUGUUUGAAGUUUGUAAUUUCAAUUCAGAGAAAGAUACAAUUUUAAUUCAUGGUGCAACUGGUGGUGUUGGAAUUGCGGCAAUGAAUGUGAUGAGAAUGUUGAAAUGUAAACGAGUUUAUGCAACUGCUGGAUCUCAAGAAAAGAUUGAUUAUCUCAAAUCUAAUUAUUCAGAUAUUCUAAUUGAUGUUUUCAAUUCAUAUUCAAAUGAAUUUGCAGAUAAAAUCAAACAACAAUGUAAAGGUAUUGAUGUUCUUAUCAAUACUUUACCUGUUGAAUUUAUGAAAGAGAAUUUCAAAUCAAUGGCACCUUAUGGAAGAAUUGCUGAUUUGGUUGUCACUCAUAUCAUCAAUGAUAAUAAAUUUAGAUAUGGUCAAUUCAGAUAUGAUGUCAAAUACAGUUCUGUUGAUAUACAAUAUUUAUUUAAACAUAGAAUUCAUUAUAGUAAAAAUUUAAUUAAAACUAUAUUGAAUGAUAUAACAAGUGGCAGACUUCAAUUGACACCAAUCAAAGUAUUUGAUGUCUCUGAAACAAAAGAAUCUUUCAAUUUUAUGAAAUUAAGAAGACAAAUUGGUAAAAUUGUUAUUGACUGUUCAAAUAUUCAACAAUCAAUUCUAAAAUCAUUGAUUGAAUCAAAAGAUAGAAAACCAUUACCAAAGAUUGAUUUCAAACUUGAUAUCUCGAAUACAAUCAUUGUCACUGGUCAAAGUGGAUUAUCUCUUGAAUUGGUUCCAUGGCUUGCAAAACAUACAAAUGCAUCUGAUAUUGUUGUUCUUUCAAAAUCAAAAUUGAACAAUCGAUUGAAUCAUAUCAUUAAUUCAACGAAAUCAACAAGAAUUCAUUUCUAUCAAACUGAUAUCACUGAUAUCAAUGAAUUGAAAUCAAGAAUUGAAUCAAUUUCAAAUUCAAUGCCAUCAAUUGAAUCAAUAUUCCAUCUUGCAAUCAUUCUUGAAUCAUUCCCAAUCAAUGAAGUGACAUUCGAUAAUAUCAAGAAAGUUCAUGAUCCAAAAGUUGUUGGAGCACAUAAUCUUCACACAAUAUCAAUUGAUUUAAGAUUACCAUUGAAACAAUUCAUUGUAUUCUCAUCAAUAUCUGGAUAUAGUGGAGAAGCAUCACAACCAUCAUACAAUUCAGCAUGUCUUGCAGUUGAUGCAUUGUGUAAAUAUCGAAACAAUAUUCUUGGAUUGAAAUCGAAAUCAAUCAGAUUAGGUCCAAUUCUUGGUGAAGGAACUGUUGCUGAAUCUGCUGGAAUCCAAGAAUUCUUCAUUUCAAGAGGAGUUUAUCCAGUUCCACUUUCAAAAUUCUUUGGAGGACUUGAAGUUAUUCUUUCUCAACCUCUUUAUUGUACUCCAAUUAUUACCAAUAUAACUUCUGUUCGUAACUAUGAAUUCCAUGCUCAUAGCCAAAAUAGAAUUGAUCAUUUGGUAUUUGGAGAAACUGGAAAAUUAAACACAUCUAAGAAUUAUGAUCCACUUGAAACACUUUUGGAAGGUCUUUCCUCAUUACUUUCAAUACCAAAACAAAAACUGGACGCCGAGACACCACUCAAGAAUUUUGGAGUCGAUUCAUUGAUGACAGUUCAAGUUAAAUUCUUUAUAGAUACGAACAUUGAACAAGAUUUGUUCACAAUUUCACAAAUUCCUAAUUUGACAAUUGGUAGUAUUAUUACAGUAAUAAAUCGCAGAAAUUUAAAGAAAUAA